UUUAAAUAUUAGACUAUUGGUAGUGACUGUUACUUAAAUAGAGCAAAAUUUCAAAAUGUUUGAAUUAAAUCCGUUUGUGUUUUAAUCCCUUUGGUAGAUUGGAUGUAUAUUGGUUAUAGAAAUUUCAAAAUAUUUGAAUUGUAAAAAGAUUAAUUUUGUUUAGGCAGCACAAUAUGAAAAAACAUGUAUUAAAAAGUGUUUGGAUAUUUUUAUACGUAUUUCAUAUUUGAAGGGAUACUGAUUAAUUGACAGAUUCUUUGCUCAGUGACUUGAAGUAUACAACCAUGGUGCACAGAGGUGGUUUGUUGUGUAAAAAGACAGGGUUGGUUAUGAACAAAACAGGUUUAGAAAUGUUGAGAAAGUGGGAAUAUGCAUGAAAACUGAUCUGCGGAUAAAUAACAUUUUAUUAUAGAAGAAUUGAUAAACGUGAUCUACAAUGUCGUCUGUUCAAAUACCAUUGUUGCUGCGUCGACGAUACCGAACAUGGCGACUGUUGAUACUAGUGUCCGUGUUUGCUUUUGGCUUCCUAUGCAUUAUAGUGCCAAUGGCUGUAUUCAAGAGGCAUUCACAGAACUUUCAACAGUCAUUUUUGUCAAGAAAACUUUUAUCUGACAAUACUACUGAUGCCGGGUUUCAAUAUCCGCCAGAUGCAUUUGAUCUUGAACAAAGACGUGAUGGUGCCGUAGUUCUACAUGUGAUCGGACUAAUUUACAUGUUUGUAGCAUUAGCAAUUGUCUGUGAUGAAUUUUUUGUUCCUGCAUUGAGUGUGAUUAUUCAGCGUGUGGAUAUUUCAGAGGACGUUGCUGGCGCUACUUUCAUGGCGGCUGGUGGUAGUGCCCCGGAACUUUUUACGAGUUUGAUUGGCGUAUUUUUUGCACGAAAUAAUGUUGGUAUAGGAACGAUAGUGGGAUCUGCUGUGUUCAACAUUCUAUUUGUUAUAGGCAUGUGUGCAUUAGUAUCGAAGACAGUGUUACACUUAACAUGGUGGCCCCUCUUUCGAGACGUCACUUUUUACAGUAUAGAUCUAAUUGUGUUAAUUGUAUUUUUUCGAACGGGGACAAUUUACUGGUGGCAAGCGCUGAUAUUAUUUCUACUUUACCUUGCAUAUGUUCUUUUCAUGAAAUUUAACUCAAAAAUAGAAACUUUUGUGAAAACGAAGAUACUUCGCAGAAAAACCAGGGUACACAGUGAUAAUAAUUUACUGAAUGAGGAUAUAAUGGCAAACAGGAACGCUUUUCUCAACAGAGACUUGGAAUUCCUGUAUAAUCGAAAAAAAUGUUGCUCAAGUUCACAUAUCGAGAAGCCACACAGGAGUUGCAGUAUACCUAUUUUACAUUCGGGUACCAGUCAUUUUAGACAUGGGGUACUUCAGUUGAUGAUCCACACAAUAGACCCUAUUGCCGAAGAACCAGAACUACAGGAACUUGCAAGAGUGUCAUCUCGGAAACCAGAUCAUAUCCAGGACAAAGCAAUGAAGCUGCAUGCAGUAGCCCAUGUAGAUAAGACAAAUGGAGAAUCACAAGAAUCUCUUGCAAACGGGGAAGUCCAUAAUGGAGGUUUCCAUAGCAGUCCUGAUAAAAACAGUAACCAAAAACAAAUGCAAGUGACUGCUAUCUCAAAUGGACAUACAGGUUCUGCCAAUCAGACAGAAUUUUCAACAAGAGUAGUUUCCCCUGCUAAGUCUACAAGCUCUCCUAUUGAGGAGGAAAGAAUACAAAUGCAAAGCUCAUCAACUCGCUUCAGCAAUAACACGGAAACAACAAAUGUUGAUUCUCCAAAAUCUUCAUCAGAUCCAGAGGGUGCAAAAAGUCCAGAGAAUGAGAUGCCUGAUGAUGGAGAUGAGCCGUUGGAUCUAUCGUGGCCAUCAGAGUGGCGCAAGAGAAUUACCUACGUUCUUCUAGCUCCACUUAUAUUUCCUAUGUGGCUGACAUUACCGGACACACGUAGAGAGGAGAAGAAGAAGUGGUAUCCAGUGACCUUCUUUGGAAGUAUUGUAUGGAUAUUUAUUUUCUCAUACCUUAUGGUGUGGUGGGCAAACCAAACAGGGGAAACUAUUGGGAUCCCUAAUGAAGUGAUGGGGCUCACCAUCCUUGCGGCAGGUACCAGCAUACCAGAUCUCAUCACCAGUGUAAUCGUCGCUAAGAAAGGAUUUGGUGACAUGGCAGUCUCUAGCUCAGUUGGAAGUAAUAUAUUUGAUAUCACAGUUGGACUGCCGAUUCCAUGGUUACUUUAUAAUGCUGUUUACGCAGGGAGACCAGUGAACGUUGAUAGUAACGGACUAGCCUGCUCUAUUGUGCUAUUAUUUGCAAUGCUUAUAGUGGUAGUUGUUGUGAUAGCAGCCUCCAAGUGGAAAAUGACUAAAAUAAUGGGCGGAGCUAUGCUCGUGCUUUAUGCAGUUUUUGUCGUGCUCAGUGUUCUUCUUGAACUUGAAAAAAUUGCUUGUCCUGUAGACUAGAAUCGUGUAUCAUCAUCACUUUUCCAUUGAGUUUUUUGGAUUGUUUGCAGUGCAGUGUACUGCAAAUAUUAGGGUAAUGCUAUGAGAUUUAUAUAACAGUCGUUUUGAUUGGUGGCACGAUGCUGCAAGUUAAAUGAUAUUUAUUUCAGUGUAACAGCAUAACAGAGAUUUUUAUGUGACAAGUUGUUUGAUUGGUGUACACAUUUUUAUCUGCAUUUCAAAUCCUGUUUCUUGAAUUUUUGUUUGCAACAUUUGUAGAAAAUGAGACAAAAAUUGUAUAUUUGAAGUGAUUGUGUGAACUUAUGAAACAAUUCUUUAAAAAACAAGAUACUAGACAGGUUUUACACACAAAAUCUGCAACUGAAAAAAACUGUCAGGACUAUUUAUUUACAAAAAGGGUAUAAAUAAAUGAAGACAAUAAAAUGUUCAGCAAUCAGUGACAUGAUUAUAUAAUACUAAAAUGUUUAUACUUGUUUACCUCCAUGCAAAUUGUGUAGUAUUUUAGGCUUGCAUUAUUAAUUUAAAUGAACCAACUUAUUAGCAGUAUUAGCUACAUUUAAUAAAUUUGGCAGCCUUAAACCCCGUUUGUUUUUGAUAGAUGAUAAAUACAUGUUUCCUAAGUUAUUUGAAGAUAUACUAUGCCCUUUUGUUUCCCAAAAAUACUUUCGUGAUAUGAAAUAAAAUUGAAAUUUCAGCUGUGAUAUGAUAAACUUAAUGCAUAUUUAAGACUGCAAUAACAAUUUAUAUAAUUUAUACACACAAACAUGUAUAUUCGAUGUAUGCAUAGAUUCUGUAUGGUAAAUACUGAUGUUUUCAAAUCAUAAUAUAUCUUUAAAGGGACUGUUUAAUCCUAGCAAUACUUAAGUUUUUACCUAAGUCUUUAUGAAAUGAUUUUUUCAUCUUACAACUUUUUGUUGUAGGAAUUUUGUAUUCUCACUCACCAUAUAUCUUUUUAAGAUUACAUGGUAGAAAGGUUACAUAAUGAAAAAUACCACACAUCAAAGCAUUGACAAAAUGCUGCAACCAGUCAGGUCUUCAUGUUUUCCCAAAUUAGCCAGUCAUUUAAUAUGUUUGAUUUCAAAAUGCCCACCAAAUGUCAGACAUAAUACCCUUAGACAAAAUCCACCUUCAUCCUGCUUAAUUUAAUCAAAGCACACCUUUUGGUUUUGUUUUAAAUAAAAUUAAAAUUACAAAAUUAUGGAAAUAUAUUGCAAAAAUACAAUGUUUUAGGUUAUAGUAACCCGAUUGUUAAACUUAAGUAUGUUGAAAUUGAAAUGUUUGAAAAAGAAAUGAAGAGGGCUAUCUGCCAUCUUGAUCAAAUUUAACAGUGGGUGGGGUAAGGAUAUUUUGUGCAUUCAGUUUGUUGAUGAGCAUGAACAUUCACCGAGAGACUUGUUAGACUUUUGAUCAUUUAAUAGGAAACUAAUCCCUGUUUGUGUUUCUUGUUUACCAUUAUGCUCAAUUCUUUUUUUAGUCUGUUAUAUUGUGUUUGAUCAUCAUUCCUUGUUUUAAUAUCAACUUUUUUCGUUGUAUAUAUAUUCUAUGUAUUAUUACUCACUACUUUCACACAUUUUUUUUUUUAUCAAGAAACAACAUGUUAAACGAACGUCUUGUUAUUUUGUUAUUAACUUAAGAAUAGUUAGAAUUUUCUUUUGCCAAAGUUCAGUUUUACUGCCAAAAGAAAAACAAAGUAAGAAAACUGACAGAACCUCUGUAAACACCUAUCACAAAUUUUCUUGACUGCUAUAAAUAGAAUUCAGACAAACUACAACUUGGUCUCAUAGGAUGAUUGCGUUAGUUUUUAAGAUGACACUUAUAUUUCAAGAGGUUUGUAGGUUAAAUGUCAAGGUCAUAAUGACCACACAACUAAAAAUGGUUUUGACUCGAUAACUAUUGAAUGCUUUGGUCUUCAGACUUCAAAGGAUGAUUGCCUGUGGUGGUCAGAAGAUGACCCUUAUUGUUUUUUAGCUCACCAGUCACAAAGUGACAAGGUGAGCUUUUGUGAUCGUGCGGUGUCCGGCGUCCGUCGUCCGUCCGUCCGUCCGUCCGUCCGUGCGUAAACUUUUCCUUGUGACAUCUCUAGAGGUCACAUUUUUUGCGGGAUCUUUAUGAAAGUUGGUCAGAAUGUUCAUCUUGAUGAUAUCUAGGUCAAGUUCGAAACUGGGUCACGUGCCAUCAAAAACUAGGUCAGUAGGUCUAAAAAUAGAAAAACCUUGUGACCUCUCUAGAGGCCAUAUAUUUCACAAGAUCUUCAUGAAAAUUGGUCAGAAUGUUCACCUUGAUGAUAUCUAGGCCAAGUUCGAAACUGGGUCACGUGGGAUCAAAAACUAGGUCAGUAGGUCUAAAAAUAGAAAAACCUUGUGACCUCUCUAGAGGCCAUAUUUCUCAAUGGAUCUUCAUGAAAAUUGGUCAGAAUGUUCACCUUGAUGAUAUCUAGGUCAAGUUCGAAACUGGGUUACGUGGGGUCAAAAACUAGGUCAGUAGGUCUAAAAAUAGAAAAACCUUGUGACCUCUCUAGAGGCCAUAUUUCUCAAUGGAUCUUCAUGAAAAUUGGUCAGAAUGUUCACCUUGAUGAUAUCUAGGUCAAGUUCGAAACUGGGUCACGUGGGGUUAAAAACUAGGUCAGUAGAUCUAAAAAUAGAAAAACCUUGUGACCUCUCUAGAGGCCAUAUUUUUCAUGAGAUCUUCAUGAAUAUUGGUCAGAAUGUUCACCUUGAUGAUAUCUAGGUCAUGUUCGAAACUGGGUCACGUGGGGUCAAAAACUAGGUCAGUAGGUCUAAAAAUAGAAAAACCUUGUGACCUCUCUAGAGGCCAUAUUUCUCAAUGGAUCUUCAUGAAAAUUGGUCAGAAUGUUCACCUUGAUGAUAUCUAGGUCAUGUUCGAAACUGGGUCACGUGCGGUCAAAAACUAGGUCAGUAGGUCUAAAAAUAGAAAAACCUUGUGACCUCUCUAGAGGCCAUAUUUUUCAAUGGAUCUUCAUGAAAAUUAGUCAGAAUGUUUACCUUGAUGAUAUCUAGGUCAAGUUCGAAACUGGAUCACGUGGGGUUAAAAACUAGGUCAGUAGAUCUAAAAAUAGAAAAACCUUGUGACCUCUCUAGAGGCCAUAUUUUUCAUGAGAUCUUCAUGAGUAUUGGUCAGAAUGUUCACCUUGAUGAUAUCUAGGUCAAGUUUGAAACUGGGUCACGUGGGGUCAAAAACUAGGUCAGUAGGUCUAAAAAUAGAAAAACCUUGUGACCUCUCUAGAGGCCAUAUUUUUCAAUGGAUCUUCAUGAAAAUUGGUGAGAAUGUUCAGCUUGAUGAUAUCUAGGUCAGGUUCGUAACUGGGUCACGUGCGGUCAAAAAAUAGGUCAGUAGGUCGAAAAAUAGAAAACCUUGUGACCUCUCUAGAGGCCAUAUUUUUCACGAGAUCUUCAUGAAAAUAGGUGAGAAUGUUGACCUUGAUGAUAUCUAGGUCAAGUUUAAAAGUGGGUCAUGUGCCUUCAAAAACUAGGUCAUUAGGUCAAAUAAUAGAAAAACCUUGUGACCCUCUCUAGAGGCCAUAUUUUUCAAUGGAUCUUCAUGAAAAUUGGUCAGAAUUUUUUAUCUUGAUGAUAUCUAGGUCACAUGUGCUCAAAAACUAGGUCACUAUGUCAAAUUAUAGAAAUAACGACGUCAUACUCAGUUCAACACUGGGUCAUGUGGGGAUAGGUGAGCGAUUCAGGACCAUCAUGGUCCUCUUGUUUGGGGGUUAGUAGAUCAAAUGUCAAGGUCACAGUGAUCUUGAAACUGAAAAUUGUUCCACUCAGUAAAAAGGGUAUGCCCUUAAGUUGUUAAUCCUCACAGGAUGAUCACCUGUAGUCAGUAGAUGACCCUUCUUAUAAACUUCCUCCAUCCCACCACAAAAAAAACAAGAUCACUUUUAGUUUCAUAUGCUUUAGUAUCUGGUCAACAACAUGGCACAAAACCUCCCAUCGGUCUCAACCCCAGCCGGUCAUCACAUUACCAAUCUACCCUCCACUAUCAACCCCAUCCAGACACACAACACAGAAACACUUUAUAUUUUACUUCCCCCCCCUGAUCUUAAACUUGGGCAUAUAUUUCCUUGUUUUCUGGAGCUCUUGUUGAUUUUUUGUUGUUUUUAAGAUACAUGUACAUCACUUUCUCAGUACUUUUGUUGUAGCAAAAAAAGGAAAAAAUAAAAACCAAGAGAACAAGCUAUAAUUAAAAAAUACAUUAUUUACCUUAAUAUGUAAGAGUUUAUUUUCCAUAUUUUAUUUAUGCUACAAUAUUUGUUGUCUUUCUUUUUACCAACAUUGCCGUCCAUGUGCCUCAUUUUGAAUCUCUAGUUCAUUUUCAGUGGGGCGAAAGCAAAACUAUUUUAAGGCUUAGUUUUCUUUCACCCCAUGAAAUAAUGUAGCAUGUUUUUACCAUAUGUAAUAAGUUUGUGUAUGUAACAUGACCUGUGAUCAGUUUUUAUGAAGAACAAAUUUGUUAGUGAAAUCAGAAUUAAGUUUUUAAACUGUGAUUCUGUGAAUUCUUAAAUUCUAGAUGCCAGUGUUCAUUCCUACCUUUGUAACCUUUUUUCAGUUUGAAUACUGGUGUAUGUUAAUAGGCUUUACCUCAACAGAGUAUUGAUAAUAUAAUUUAUUAAAGUCUGCAUUAGUUACUUUCUUAAUGCAGUGUAUUGGUAUUAGAUUAAUAUUUGUUUAAUACAGUCAAACUUCAUUCACUCAAACUAGGAUAAUUGGAACGCCUUCCUUUGCUUGAACUCAUCAUCAGGUAUGGACAAAAUCCCUAUAAUAUAUAUAAUUUUCAAUGACUUGAUCUAUGAAUAUCUCGAACAAAUUUUGACAGUCCUGUCAAGUUCAAGAGAACAAAGUUUGACUGUAAUAUUAUUUUGUAUUUUUCAAGUUAGUUCCAUUAUUUUACUGAAUAUUUCCUUUUAAACUGAAUACAUUUAUAUACAACAGCUGUAUAUUGAACAUUCUAUUUUUAUGUAGAAAAUCAUUGAAUACAGGUAUUAAAAUGCAGCCUUUGGGUUUUACCACGUAAAGACCCAAAAUUUUAAUGCUAGCACUGAAAGACCCAACAUUUCAUAUUAGCACUGAAAGACCCAACAUUUCAUGCUAGCACUAAAAGACCAAACAUGUAACACUAGCACUGAAAGACCCAACAUUUCAUGCUAGCACUAAAAGAACAAACAUGUAACACUAGCACUGAAAGACCCGACAUUUCAUGCUAGCACUAAAAGACCAAACAUGUACCACUAGCACUGAAAGACCCAACAUUUCAUGCUAGCACUGAGGGACCCAACAUUUUAAUGUUGGCAUACACAAUUUGUAACUUUAAAAAGGAUCAUCUUUUUUCCAGUUUUUCUAAGGCCUGGUUUUCAUAGAUUCUUAACACACUCUGUUGUCAAAGAAAACUUAUGUUAAAGUAUCUUGUCUUGUGAUACAGAUUAGUCAAGGAAAGCCCAUAUGUUUAGGAUUUAUUCUUCAGUAAAAAAUAUAGAUCAGAAAAGCAUAUAAGAAGUAUGACACUGACAUACCUACUACCUACAAGUGGUUGGCCUGUAGUGACAACCAUAAAAUAAUCUUCAUAUGCAAUUUUGGCAUUCUACAUUUUUCAUGGAAAUUUAUGUUUGCGUUGAACCACUUCACCUGUGAAGACUGCAGAAUUGCCUUACAGGAAUACUGUAUGUAAUCACACAGAAAUUGCUGAUUUGUGAUUCUGGAUCAGCUACCUUAAACAAACAAAAAAUCUUCUGGAUGGUCCCUUUUAAUAUGACAAGGCUCACAUAUGUAUUAAACUUGUACUGAUUCUGUAACUGUAAUAAUUGUGAAAUGAAAUAUUUUCUAAGAAUUUUAAAGAAAUGUGCCAUGCAGCAUUUAAAAACAUUGUAGCCAAAAGUCACUUGUUAAAUAACUAUUGUAAAAGAUUUUUUGUUUUCAUUUGUAAUAAAUCUUAGUAGAAAAAUGCACUCACAGACCUAGAAAUUUUAAAACAAGCUAACUUACUGAUAAUUUUAAAAAGUAUAUUCUGUUUGAAAAUCAUGACGUGUCAGCAUAUCAUUUCAGUUUUGAUAAUUUUAAGGUCCUUUUUUACAAAAUUUUAUUGACAAAUUGAGAUUUUUUGCCUGGUAAUUUUUUCUGAGUUUUGCCAACUUUAAUUGGCAGGGCAUUUACCAGAUUUGUAUGACUUACUUUCACUUUUUUUGUAAUCAGACAUACGGUAGUUUCUAGCAAUCCAUUCUAGGACAUACUCUUUGCAUAAUUUUCACAAAUAGAAAUUAAUAAACAAGAAAAAUCAACAACAACACGUGUAGCGUUUGUUCAUAGAUAAUUAUUAACUUCCAACGUUUCUGUGUUUUUUUGUUUUUUUUGUUUUUUUUUUUUUCCUUCACAAAUAGAAAUGAAACUCUGAACCAGCACAUGUAUAAACUUUAUCACUUGUAAAGAAGCCAAUAUCAAUGUGGGAAGAAUGUUGAUAUAGCGCAAAACAUUUUCAUUAGCGACCUACAUUGUUGUUCCGAGCCUGAAGAGCCCUUUAUGGUCAAUAGAAAAAGUACAGCCUUUACAAUACAGUGUUGUGAAGCAUUUACCAACUAGGCAAUAAGUCAGAAGAAGAAAAACAACUGUCAUUUGAUGAACAGUUUUUUUCUGCACUCGAGUGAUAAUGCCUCAAGUAAUUGCCAAUCAGAGUGCUUUAUUCAAAAUGCUAGAUAAAAUGUCAACAUGCACACAAUUUCCCUUUCUAAACUGUCACGGAACAAGAAAUAAUAAACAUUGCCAUAUGUCUCAUGUUUCUCACUUGCAAUAUCCAAUCACACGACACUCGUACGUUUUGAAAUUCAUUCCUUGGUAAAUAUUUGUUAGCGUUUCUAUAGACACUGGAAACAUUCCCUAUACAUAUAAUCAGGCCCAUGUUCCCGCAAUUAUAGCUUUGUACCGGGAAUUGAUUUUUAUCGACUUUAUUAUAGAGUAUUGUUAGAAAUGUUUUCUAUUGAUUGUUGCUAGCUUUGAUAAUUAGUUUGAUUAAUGCAACAGGGUAAUAAUCUUUCAUAAAGAAUAUUUCUCAUUUCGCAUAAUAAAAUAUGUUGUUUUUUUUUGUUGGCAAUGCGAUUUAUAUGAUUUAGAAAUGGCCAAAAGAGUAUUUUUGUAGACAGACUCUACAGCCAGCUGCAUAAUUAAUCUAAUCAGGGAGUAAAAUUGGACGAUGAUUUGUUUUGCUUCGGAAAUAAAAGAUAAAACAAACUGAUGAAAAUGUUUUGCACCUAUCCUUUUUAGUUUAAGACUGUAAUGGAGACAAGUCGGGUGUGAUUUAAUGAAACAGAUUAAGGAAAAAAUUUGAUGAAGGUAGACAAAAUCCAGUUUUUUUUUUUGUUGUUUUUUUUUU